AUGGAUACAGACAGUCGAUUUUCAACUGAUUUUUUUGAGCGCCAAGGGGACGUACCUUACCAGCAAGAACGGAAUUCAACUUCUGAAACUGAGGAACAUGUCACUUUUUCGCCUCCUGCAGUAAAUAUUGUCCCACCACCUAUAGAUACAACUGAAUAUGAAUGGGAAAGGGUCAACAAUCAGGAUUCUUCAGUCGCUCCAAGUUCGGAGGCACAGAAGAACGAAACAGUAAGCGAGGAACGCAAUGCCAAUGAGAAAAGGCCUCCUUUUAAGAACAUUUUGAGAUCAAGGGGAAGAGGAGAUAAUAAUAAAGCAGUCCCUAAACUAACUUUGACAACUGCUUUGCCUCAUGACUCGGAUGAAGGUAGUUCGUCGAGAUUAAUCGAACGCAGCCUUUCGCCUCUUUCCCGUACUAGGACAAGGGGGAGGGUACGAAGACAGAGUGUAGAGGAUGGAUCUGUAUCUGGUGAAGAUUCAGUGGAUAGAUCACUUAUUUCAGCGAAAAUUUUAUCGUAUGUCGGCGGCGAUGAUGUGAGUGAAUUUCAUGAUAUACAAAACGAUCUCCAGAAAGGGCUUAGUGGAGAAGGCCUUUGGCUUCCACAAUUAGAUGGGAAGGCUAUCAAGCCCACUUCACUCAAGGAGACAGAAGAUGCUCUCCAAAAUGCAGAAAAUGAUGCUUCUUUGGUAGAUCGGUCGACGGAAUUUCCAGAAAGUGCCUUUAUCAGAGACCAUUCCAACGCCAAAUCUUUGGGGAGAUCUCAAGCACGCAAAGAUGAGAAAGAAAAUAUUGAUGUAACAGUAUCUUCGCAAGAUGGUGAAAGUACCACAGAGUUAUAUCCACUCGAUCAUUUACGCCGAACACGAAGAUUAAAGGGACCUUUAACCCUAUAUGGUAACUCUUUGGGACUGGUGUCCCCGAAAAACGCUUUAAGACUUAAAUUGGCAGAGAUGCUGCUAUCCAAAUAUUACAAAUAUACUUUUUUUUUGCUUUUGAAUGUCUUUAUUGCGAUCUUGGUAUGCAGAAGUUAUAACGUUGCCCAGACAACGUUCCUUUACAAUUUUUCGGGAUGGUCUGACUACUUAAUCUUUGUUUUAAGUGUGUGCUUCUCACUGAACGAUCUUAUGAAAAUAAUUGCAUUUGGAUUUUGGGAUGAUUCUCAAAUGUUUGCAGCAUAUGAUAAAAGGUAUUCUUCGCUAAUCGAGCAAUUAGGUAUAGUUCGUUUUUUCAAUUAUGCUAAGACAAAGUAUAAUUUUACUAUGCUGGAUUACUUGUUACCGCUCAAGACAACUGAUGAGGACCGAAAAAAACUCCUACGAGAAAGAGAAGAGGGCAAGAUCACUUCGAGAAAUAUUAGCAAAGAUUUCGAUACCCCAAGAGCGUUCAUGCGCUCUUCUUGGAACAGAAUUGACUUCACUUCUUCGAUAUGUUUCUGGAUAGGCCUCUUGAUAUCCAUAAAUGACUAUGAUGUUAAAAACGGGAUCAGAAUUUUCAAGGCUCUGGCUGUCCUCAGAAUUUUGAGAAUGUUAGACACUGAUACAAUGUUUCCAUCUGUCUUCAGAAGUCUCAAGAUUGCAAUGCCUCAACUACUAAAUGUUGGAACUAUUUUAGUAUACUUUUGGAUACUGUUCGGUAUUCUAGGAGUCCAGAGUUUUCGAGGGUCUUUGAGAAGAAGAUGUGUUUGGUAUAAUCCGGAUGAUCCUUCUGACACAUUUAUAAAUGACAGUCAAUUUUGCGGCGGUUAUCUUGAUCCUUUGAACCUCGAACGGCAACCUUAUGUUUUUGAAGAUGGGAGUAUUGGCCCUAAUACAAAAGGUUUCUUGUGUCCGCAGUAUUCUAAAUGUGUCUCUGGUGAAAAUCCUUACAAUGGUCGCACAAGUUUUGACAAUAUUAUAUCUGCAAUGGAAAUGGUUUUUGUUGUGAUGAGUGCCAACACGUUUACCGAUAUAAUGAGUAAAACAAUGAAUACGGAUUCAAUGGCAGCAUCUCUUUUUUUCAUAGUUGCUACAUUUGUAUUGACAAUCUGGCUAAUGAAUUUGUUAAUUGCUGUCUUAGUUUCCUCCUUCGAAUUGGCCAAUGAACAAUACAAAAAAAGUUCACUUCUACUCGAUAAUCGCAAAAAAUACAGUAAUAUCAUGACACGCCUAAGAAAAAGAGCUCAUCAUUAUAUUAUAAGAAAGACAGAACAGAACGAGCCUCCCUUCUGGAUCAAACGUUGUCAGAAACUCUAUAGUGGUAUUGAGUUUUUAUUUGUCAUUUUAAUUACGGUAGACUUGAUAUUGCGAUGCAUGGUAAAAUCUGAUGGCUCCAGGUCAUCCCUAGAAUGGUUUUAUACUGCUGAUUUUUCCAUUUCUGCGGCAUUAUUAUUCGAAUCGUUUUUAAGAUUGUUUCUUUCCUGCACGAACAUCUGGUGCUUCAUAAAAAGAUACGACUAUGUUUUUGAUCUUGUUGUUUCAAUUGCAACAUUCGUCAUUAGCGGCAAACAGCUAUUCAGCACUAUGGGAAGAGCCUAUUAUUGGCUAUCCUUUUUGCAGAUUAGCCGCUUUUAUCGAGUUGUUUUCACUUUCAAAGUUUCGUCUGCCCUAUGGAGAAGAGUCCUAAGUAAUUGGAGGCUUAUUUGGGACCUCUCAAGCUUUUAUUUCUUCUUCAUUUUCCUUGUCUCCAUCAUUAUGUCCAUAUCGUUCGAAGGAGUUGUGCCUGCACAGCAGCUAUCUGAAGUAGGUUUUGGGAUGUUUUCAUUUUCAAACACUUUCUUAUCACUCUUCGUCGUUGCGUCAACUGAAAACUGGACAAAUGUCCUUUAUGCGCUGCAGCAGUAUUCACCUUCCGCUUCAUCCGCCUUUUUUGCAUCAGUUUUUACAAUAAUAUGGUUUAUCCUAUCCAAUUCAGUGAUGAUGAAUAUUUUCAUCGCCGUAAUUGCAGCCACGAUGGACGUUGAGGAGCAGGAUAAGCGACCCUUGCAAAUACAGCAUUAUCUUAAGUAUGUUUAUCCACGCAAAAUAAGAGAAUAUACAGAGGCGUCGUUGGCAGAGAGAAUCCAAAGAACGAUAUUCAGAAAAAAGGUCAAGCAUGAUACAAAGGACUUCAAGCACUUUUUGAUGAGAGGCUCCGCAAUUAUGAAUAUGGCUCAAAAUUCAUCUGAGUUGGCUGAACAACUUUCAAAGUCGAAACCGACAAAAAAGAAACCUCCGAAGCUGUUGACGUACCUGCUGAAGCUGGGGAAACGUUUUUCGUUUUGGCGAAAAAUGGAGUUGAAUGCCAACAAUCCUUUUUACAAACAUGCAGAAGUAGUUUUUACGGAAAUGGAAGAAAAUGACCAAAACACAAUUGUUCUCCAGCUUGAUGAUCAUGAAGAAGAAAAAUUGGCUUAUCUAAGAGACCAUCCUUCUUUCAACUAUUCAUACUUUAUUCUAUCUCCACAUCAUUUGUUUCGUAAAUUCUGUCAGCGACUGGUACCACCUAGCGUAGGAAAAAGAACCGAUGGGGUUCGCUUCUUUGAAGAUGAUACCAACAUGUAUGAUAAUAGAAUCCAUUUUCAUCUCAUUGAGAGAGAUAUUUUUUUGCUUUUAAUAACCUGUACUACCAUCGCGUUAAUAAUCAUCUCAUGUUUAUCGACUCCGUUAUACAGAAUGGAAAGAAAUAUGAAAUCAUGGGAUUGGUCUACAUCCUGGAAUUGCGCAAUGAUUUGCAUUUUUUCGAUUGAAUUUGUAGUCAAGACGGUAGCUGAUGGGGUUGUUUAUUCUCCAAAUGCUUAUUUAAGAAAUCCUUGGAAUGCCAUAGACCUGUUUGUCCUAAUAUCUCUCUGGAUCACUUUCUUUGCUUAUUUGAGGAAUGAUGGGGGUCUUUCUAGACUAUGCAGGGGUUUAUCAGCUUUGAGAGCUUUGAGAUUGUUAACUGUAAGUAACAUGGCUCGAGAAACUUUUAAAUUAGUUGUUUUUGAUGGGGUGAAGAAAAUUUUGGAAGCAGCAUUUGUUUCGAUGACUUUGCUAUUCCCCUUUUCUGUUUGGGGCCUCGCUCUAUUUCGUGGGCGUUUGGGAACGUGUAAUGAUGGAGAUAUGAAUUUAGAUCAAUGUUAUGGUGAAUUUAUUCAAACAGUUUUUCAAUGGGAUGUACUCAUGCCAAGGACGUACGGGGAACCCUAUCUGAAUCUUAAUUCAUUUUCUAAUACAUUGAGGUCUCUUUAUGAGGUCGUUUCUUUGGAAGGCUGGACUGAUCUUUUGCAAAAUCUCAUGAGCUCAACUGGUAUUGGUACAGCGGCAUCUACUUUUGCGUCUCCUGGCAAUGGAGUUUUUUUGAUUCUCUUCAAUUUCUUGAGCAUGGUCUUCAUUUUGAAUCUUUUUGUUUCAUUUAUUAUAAGCAACCAUGGUAAAACAACGGGAACUGCAUAUCUCACAAUUGAAGAAAAGUCCUGGUUUGAAGCCAAAAAACUUUUAAGUCAGGCAAAACCAAGGCGCGCCCCAGAGAUGCAGCAUAUGUCAAGAUUUAGACGAUUCUUUUAUUCAUUGGCCUUCGAGAAAAAGAAUUUUUAUUACGUUUGUUUUCUCCAGUUUGUUCUAUAUAUCCAUAUUGUGAUGCUUUUGUGCAGGACAUUUGAUAAGCCAAAUUCAAAAAUAGUCUACGAGGACGUUUUUUUUAUGUUCUCCUCCACUGUUUUUCUACUGCAAGAACUAUUUUUAUUAUAUGGCGAAACAUUCCUCAUUUACUUUUCUUCGAACUGGAAGAUCUUACGGUUUUGUAUUGUAGUGUCAUGCUUCGUUCUUACUGCGGUUGGAUUUAAGGUUAGAAAUGAUGCACUCACUUUCAAUAAUAUUAAAGAGUUGUUUCAUUUGAUGAUAUUUUUGUUUAUUAUUCCUCAAAACAAUACAUUAUCAGAGCUUCUCCAAACCGCUGCUGCAAGUUGGCCAUCCAUAUUUUCUUUGACAUAUACAUGGGGUAUUUUGUUCCUGGUGUAUGCGAUUGCACUGAAUCAAAUUUUUGGGUUAACUAGGCUGGGUCCUAAUACAGAUAAUAAUAUCAAUUUUAGGACUGUUACAAAAUCAUUAAUUGUUCUUUUCAAAUGCAGUUUUGGAGAGGGAUGGAACUACAUUAUGGCGGACCUAACAGUUCAGGAGCCUUUUUGCUUUAUGUCGCCAGAUGGUGGCUACGAUGAUUGCGGGUCCAUGACAUAUGCAUAUUUUCUUUUAAUGUCGUGGAAUAUACUUUCCAUGUACAUUUUUGUCAAUAUGUUCAUCUCAGUUGUGAUGAGCAAUUUCAGUUAUGUUUAUCGUCGGGGUGCAUCCAAAUCACCAAUAGACAGGAAACAGAUAUUAAUUUUCGUUGAUGCGUGGGCAAAAUUUGAUACCAACGGCCGAGGAAAGAUUAAUCCACCAGACUUACCAAGACUCAUGCAUUCCUUUGAUGGGCCACUUUCAUUCAAAAUCUGGGAAGGAACGUUUACAAUUCGCGAGUUGGUGAAUAAUUAUAUGGAUGUGAAUCCGGAUGAUCCAUACGACGUAAAGGUAAACUUGGAAGGGUUUAAUAAGCAUCUUGAUAUGAUCGACACAACACGUAUCAUCAAGAGAAGACUACAGUAUAUGAGAUUUGUUCAGCAGGUUCGCUUUACAAACAAUUUUCAGGAUGCCAUUCAUUUUGGCAAUCUUAUUCAGUUGAUACCUCUCUACACUACCUAUGCUCCAAGUGAUUGUAUGGGCAUUGAUGAGUACGUUCGCAAUUUGUACACUAUUGGUAAAGUUGACAAAUAUUUGAAGAACGGACGAAACUACGACGUCCUUAAUAUGGUAGUGACAGCCUGGAAAUACAGGCAUAGACGUACAAAAUCAAAGAAAGAUGGAGAUGAUUUAAUACAGCCACAGCAAGUUUCUAUUAUGGAACCAGUGAAGCCGGCAGCAGAUUUUAGUGUUUUGAAUACACCAGUAAUGGAUUAUGGUGUCGACAAUUUUAUGUGGUCCCCAAGGCCUGGCUUUCGAACUAAGGAACAAGCCCAAGGUGCCACAAAUGAACACCCUUUCGCUGAUGAAAAUGAAGACCCUUUUGCUGAUGAUGAUAAAGACCCUUUUGCUGAUGAAAAUAAAGAUCCUUUCGCUGAUGAAAAUGAUAAUGGAAAUUGA